GCCGUGACGCCCGAUUUGCAACGGGGCGAGACCCCCCAUCCGCCCCGCUCCUUUUCCCAUUGCCCCAACCAAGAAGUCCGGAAUACGAGCGAGAGAGGUAACAAGAAAGAAAGAUCGAAGAAGAGAUGGACGUCCUCUUGGGCUCCAUCGACGUGAGGGAUCUCCUCUCGGUCCAGGACCUCGACGAGUCCUCUCCUCUCUCCGCUCCCGACCUCCGCCUCCUCAUCGACCGCCUCCAGAUCCGAUCGCUCCACAUCAAGGACAAGGUGCGCGACUACGUCCUCGCUCACCGCCAAGACUUCGCCGACAUCUUCUCCCGUUGCUCCCAGGCCGCCUCCGGCGCUGAUGCCGCCGCUGUCACCCUCUCCGACGCCCUCCGCCUUCUCUCCGACCGCCCCCUCGACCGCGAGAUCCGGGAGAUCGCCGAGGAGAUCCGGAGCAGGCGGCGGGAGUUGGAGGAGCGGCGGGAGGCGCUGGCCAUGGUGCAGACUGUAUCCCUGCUGCGGGAGAGGCUGCGGUCUUCGAGGGAGGAUCUCAGGGCCGGGAGGUUGGUGGAGGCUUCCGUAGCCGUGAGGGAUUUGAAGGCGGGGCUGUUGGUUUCUGGGAUGGAGGAGGUCAGCGGAGAGAAAGAACCGGCGGUUUAUGGGUUCUUGAGGAAGGAUUGGACGGAGUGCUUCGAUGAGCUGCAAGGGGUGCUUGCGAAAAUUGUAGAAAGUUCUGUCCAAUUUGAUCUAGAGAAUGUCAGAGUUAUAGUAAGGUCUAGGUCCACUGUUGGAGAUAUGGGUGAAGUAGAGCUCCAUCAGGCAUUGGAGGCAAUGGAGGUAGUUGAUGUUCUAGAUUAUGGACUGGCAAAAAUGGCAGAUUUAAUGAUCAAAUAUGUCAUGGUUCCUGCAACAAGUAAGAGAUCCAUCAACAUUCUUGUGGAACAACUAAAUCAGGAUUCUGAUGGAAAGAGUGAGGCAAUUCUUAGCCUGAUUUCAUCAUCUGAAGUUCAGGAGAGCCUAGAUGGUGCAACUCCUUAUGCAAUACUUAUUCAGAUAAUAAAAUUUAUAUACCGAUUCAUUUGCUUUGAGAAUGGUACAUGGAUGCGGUGCUUUGGAAGAUUGACUUGGUCAAGAAUGUCAGACCUCAUUAUCACUCACUUCCUCUCCAAGGCUGUCCCUGAUGAUGCUUCAAAGAUCAUGGAUUUUGAAAAUAUUAUGAAAUGUACUGCUGAAUUCGAGACCUUCUUAAAGGAAAUGAUGUUUAUUUCGACGACCGAUAGAAAUGAAGAAAAAUUGAGUCAUUUUGCUUACAAUGUUGAAGUUCAUUUUGCUUCUAGGAAGAGAAAUGAGAUUUUGGCAAAUGCGAGAAACUGCCUUCUGCAGUUUGAUUAUUUCCUUUCCCCGGAAAAUGCAUCAAAAAGUUCCACACAUGCUUCUGGUGUUGUAGAAUGUCCCUCCAAGUAUGUUGCUGAUUUGCUUUUCCAGCCUGAAAGGUGUAUCGUAUCCAAAGCAACCUUUCAACUUAUGAAAUUAGUGCAUGAAGCACUUAAGGAUGCUUGUUUGUCAUCCACAAGAGUUGCAAAGGAGCUUUAUCAUGCCGCAAGGGAUGCUUUGCUUCUAUACAAAGCUAUUGUGCCAAUCAAGCUUGAGAAGCAAUUGGAUAGUAUCAGCCAAGUGCCUAUAGUCAUCUACAAUGACUGUAACUAUCUGUCUCAAGAGAUUCUUGGACUUGCCUUUGAGUAUCGUGCAGAUUUUCCAAGUGGCUUGAAGAAUCAGGCAGUAUUUGUUGAUCUGGCACCAAGUUUUUACCAGUUGGCAGAGGACAUACUGCAAAAGCAAGUGCAACUAGUUUUUAGUAGUUUGAAGGAGGCUAUAGAUGGGGCUAAUGGGUUUCAGAAUACCCACCAAUCUCAACAAUAUGGGUCAGCAAAGUUUAGCAUAGAGCAGGUUGUCUUCAUUCUAGAGAAAGUACAUAUUAUGUGGGAGCCACUUAUGCUGGCAUCAACAUACAAGAAAAGUAUGUGCACAAUCUUGGAUUCUACCUUUUGUAGAAUUACUAAAGAUAUGCUACUUUUAGAUGAUAUGGCAGCUGAAGAGACUUUGCAGCUACAACGACUGAUCCACAUGGCAUUAGAGAAUUUAUCCUCAUUGUUGGAGUCCCUUAUUGCUAAUAUGGAUGAAAAGGAGAAAGUCUUGAAUGACACUAUAUGGGUUAAAUUAGAUGACAUGAUACCUUCUUUAUGCAAAUUCCGCAAGCUAGCAGACUUGUAUGAUAUGCCUCUGAAAUCCAUCAUAAGAUCAUGGGAAAGUGGAGAACUGCUUGCCUGUGGCUUCAUGUCAUCAGAGAUAGAGAACUUUGUCAAAGCAAUUUUCGCAGAUUCUCCAUUGAGGAAGGAGUGUUUAUGGAGGAUAGCAAAUACAAGUAGAUAAGCAAUACAGCGUCCAGAAAAUGGGGGGCCUCAGUCUUAUUUAAAUAUGAUGCCAUUUGUGUGGAUAUGUUUUUGUUUUUGGCCCUUGGGAAGUAUAUGGUUCUUCAAUUGUAGAAGCAAGUUGUAAAUUCCAGCUUUUGGCCCGCCCACAAGAGGAUUGAAUGAUGGGGAUUCCCAAAGCUUGACCCAAAUAUAUGGGGAAGGCUUCUUGGUGGGUUAUGGCGAGAACAAAUUUCAACAAACAGGCUACUUUCCUGACUGCGCUCUCAUAUUUCUGUGGAGUACGGUACUGAAAUGAGGUCUUCCAGUGUGUCUGACAAUUGCUAACAUGAAGUAACCGUUAUCAAUGUUAUUACUGUUCUCGAUGGUCAAUUGGCCAGUCAUGUCUGUAACACUGAACCAUCAGUAGUAUUUUCAUACUUUUCUUGGCAAUCAGAGACUAAAUAAAUAGUGAACUUACGAAAGAAGAAGCCGAAGCUGCCAGGUAAAUCUCUGUGCACUAGUUGGUUUGCAUCAUUAAUUGUCAUGGACCUUGCAAACUAGUGAAUUCCUAAGAAAAGAAGAGGCCACGGUUUCGCUUGCGAUCAGAACCUUACAAAAACAUAUUGGUAUUGAACGGUGUACUUCUUUGGUGGCCUUGGUUGGGACUUGUAUUAAUGAUUUGUAAAUUAUACUGGUUGGAUGGGAUAGACCCAUCAUGGCCCGUAAUGACAAUGUCAUUGGAUUGUAAUGGAAAACGUUUGUUCUACACUAUAUAGCAUUGUUCUCGACCUUCUUAGGA